AUGAGUGGAUGCCCUCAGACACUUGACUCAAGUAACAUUGACCUUAUUAAUGCGGCUUUUACAGCUGUAAUGGGAGCCCACAAGUUUAUAUCUGAGAAAGAAUUUCAAGAUAGAAAGGCCCGUGGUAAAACUAAUGAUGCAACAUAUAAACAAAUUGACUUACACUCAUUUCAUCAGAUAAAUCUUGUUGGAAGUAAUAAGAAUGCUGUCGUCAAAAACAUGAACACUGAUUUUAUGACACACAAAUACAUAGCACUUGAAUGUACUAAGUUGAUAAUUAGUUACUUUAGUAUGAGUGCUUUGGAUCCGCCAUAUGACUACGAUUUUACAUAUAUUAAAGAUAUAGUGACAUUCAUGCGGGGUGAUAUACAAUAUAAAAGACUGUGUGGAUGGAAACGCUUCGCUUUAAAGGUUAGUAGGAAGUAUGAUUACGGUAAUGAUAAAUGGUUUGGUACCGAUAAAGAUGCCUGGCCAGUAUCAUAUCAUGGUACUGCUAAACAUAACUCAAAAUCGAUUACUGAAGGAGGUUACGAUUUGAGCAGACUAAAUCCUGUUAGUUUAAGAAGAAUUCCUGUUGGAAAUGGCGAGUAUUGGGUUUCUGAAAAAGGCGAAGAUGUUAGGCCAUAUGGAAUUUGUAUUAAAAGAAAGUAA